UGCGCCCACCGCGAUUGACUUCCGCUUCCGGGUGGCGCUAGCAGUCGCUCGCCAGCGAAGCUCUGCCGUCGCCAUGGAGUUGUUGGGCGAGUAUGUCGGGCUGGAUGGGCAGCGGCAGCAGCUGCGGGUGCCCUGUGAAGUGCCGGCCGACGCCGAUCCUUAUGAGGCCCUGUUGUCUGGCGUGGCCCAGAUGAGAGAGCUGGUGGCAGAGCUCUUCGGCCCCCUGGUAGAGCAGGAAGCGCAAGACCGGGUGGCGGCGGCUCCAGAAGAGGCCUUGGACGGUGAUGAUGAAGAUGAUGCAGAAGAAGAAAAUAACAUUGAUAACAGAACUAACUUAGAUGGACCAUCUGCGAAACGGCCCAAACCACCAACUUAGAUGGACCAUCUGCGAAACGGCCCAAACCACCAUCUUAACAAUAGCUUUUAUGAAAUUUAAAAGACUGCUACUGUAUCCGAAUUAUCACCCGCUGACAUUUAGGAAAAGACUGGUGCUCUAAUUUGGAAAAGCAUUUGUUUUAUUCCCCUAGGACAGUUUUGUCAAAAAAAUGCAUCUUGUGUUUAUACCAAAGAAAGAUAAAAUAAAUGUUUAGAAAUGAAUCUGUUUUCUUGAGUGAGAAAUAAAUGUCAUACUAUGGAAAUAACUAGAACACUAACUGAUACAUAAAAUCCUCUAAGUUGGCAACUGAAUUUUUAUUGUUAUCUACUUAUUUAAUAACCAUUGAAUUAAACUGUGUGAUGUCUA